CAAUAUUUGAUGGUCUACAUAUUCCAAAAAUAAACUCAAGAAAUAUUUUACACCAUUUGAAAGAUCAAGAUAAGAUAAGAUAAGAUAAGAAAUUUAACAAAAAAUAAAAUACUUUGCUUAAAAAUGGAUACAGCUACUCGCCACGAUCGGGCUAUUUUGGGUGUAAAUGUGCAAAUAAUCACAUCCAAUAAACUUGAAAUAUUCACAAUAGCCAUGCUUGAAUUGAAGCAGAAACAUACUGCGCAAUAUUUAACCACUAAAAUUGAAAAUGUUUUGAAAAGUUUCAAUAUAGAUAAGGCGCAAGUUUAUGCAGUAACCACUGAUAACGGCAGGAAUAUGGUGAAAGCGGUGGAGCUGUUAUCAUUGCAUAGUGAUGACGAAGAAAGUGACAGUGAAAUAGAAGACAAUUACGAAAGUAUUGUGUGCAAUGUAAGAUUCGAAAAUAUUAUUUCUAUUAAAUGUGCUACCCACACCUUGCAGUUAGCUGUUAAAGACUUUUUAGAUAACUUAAAUACAAAUGUAGUGAAUAAGUCACGGAAUUGUGUAAAAUAUUUGAGAACACCUGCAUAUCGACAUAGUAUAAAAAGUAGCCAAACCCUUAAACCAAUAUUGGAUGUACCAACACGUUGGAGCUCUACUUGUCUAUAUAUCUUCUAUAUAACUAAAAAUGAAUUGUUGUUCGUUAGUCUGAUUAAAACUCGAGAACGGCUGGGCCGAUUGAGCUGACUUUGGUUUUAAAAUGUUUGUCGUAGUCCAGGGUAGGUCUAAACGGUGAGCAAAUAAGGAAAAAUUACGAGUAAGAUAGAGUAAAACGACAAUUCCAUUUUCCCAUAUAAAAGUUGACCACUUACUUGCUGUCAAACAUUUGACGGUAUUUGUACUCUCAGUUCCACUCGAAUUGAAGAACGCAUUAAAACAAGACUUUUGAAUCGACAACAUAACAUCAACUUUGCUCAUAACAUCGUGUAUUUAAAUUUCAAUUUCAAAAUAUAUAAAUAUAAUUAAUGUGUUGACAUGUUUGAUGGUGCCAACCUUACAGUGUUACCAACUCUCAAAAAUACAUUUAUUAUAAUAACGGGGCAUCUCUGCCUGUGCAGACUCCACAUUGCUCAUUGCUUACUAGAUAUAGAAUACUACAUAGUUUGCCAUAUAUCGUAAGCUAGAAGCUGUCUCUUCAGCAGUUUAACAGCGCAGUUUUCAUUAUAAUGAAAAUUUCGAAGAGGCAACAUAUUCCAUAAAGUACAUUUUCAAAAUAACAUUUAAUAUUUAGUAUAUGUAAUAUUGCUAAUUUAUAGAAAUAUUAUGGAAAUUGGGUUGGGAAGUCUUAAAUUUAAUAAACUUAUACAAGCAUAAAUCAAAAUAUCAUUUCUCAUUUUAAAUUUAAUUUGUAUUUUAAUUGGUAUAUAAAAGUUAUGCCACAAUUAU